AUGAUCUCAAAAAUACAAAGCACAAUAACCCCAGCCGAACCCAAACUUCCUAUAUAUCACCCUCACCAUCUCCAUCAACUACCCCAAUAGAGAAAAUCUUGUAUACUGUAAAAAGGGAGCAGAGAAGAGAGAUGUGAUGAUGAUGAUGAUGAGACAAGGAGGAGGAAUGUUGGGAGGGUUAAGAUGUCAAGACUGUGGAAAUCAAGCCAAGAGGGAUUGUGUAUACAUGAGGUGCAGGACUUGCUGCAGAAGCAAAGGGUUCCAGUGUCAAACUCAUGUUAAAAGCACUUGGGUCCCGGCCUACAGGAGGCGCCAGAGACUCGUCCAAGCGGACUCACAAACUAACCCUAAAAGGCUUAGAGACCAUUCUUCCACCUCAGGGUUAGAAGCGGGGAGUUUUCCGGCUGAGGUGAGUUCUCCGGCGACAUUCCGUUGUGUUCAUGUGAGUUCCAUUGAUGAUGCAGUUGAUCAGUAUGCAUAUCAGACGACUGUGGUCAUAGGAGGCCAUGUUUUCAAGGGUAUACUCUAUGAUCAAGGCCUGGAGAGCCAUUACACCACCGGAGAGUGUUCCUCCCGGGAGACACAGCAAUCAAAUGUUCAAGUCAAUGCCGCUGCUCCUGUCCUAGCCGGUGCUGCACCUUCAAGUUCACCAGUUGCUGCCACUCAAACUGCUGCUCUUCCUUCUUCUUCCUAUGCUCCUCCCUUUAAUGCUUUCAUGGCAGCCGGUACGCAAUUUUUUCUUCAUCACCCAAAAUCUUGAUCUGGGAAAGAGAAAAAAUUGAAAGUAAAUGAUGUUUAGAGAAUUUCUAUUCCUUCUUGGGUAUUUUUCAAUUUUAAUCAGCUUGACUAUUUUCAAUAAAAAAAAAAUUAAUCA